AUGGGUGGAACUCAAAAUGGGAAAACCGUGGCGAAUGGAAGAGUGAAGAACGGGAAGACCAUCGAGCUAAGCACACCAGUAGAAGAAUGCCCAAAACCAGCAUUUUACGUUUUCUGGCUAGUUCAAUUGAAUAUCACAAUGAUGCUUCUAGGAGCGAUGGUUGCCACUCUAUUAGAUAACUGGGGAAUUGUAAAAACAAAAAGAGCAAAAGGAGAUCCCCGGAUGAAGGACUUUUCGCCACUCGGAAACAGUUUCGACGCCACAUACACAGAUCAUAUCUAUCGACAAUCAACAGAUGUGGUUAAUCGACCGAUUAGCGGUGUUCCAGGAGCAAUUGUUAGACUGAAAGAUAGAUAUACAGAUGAUCAUGGAUGGACACAAAAAUACACGGGUAAAGAAACGGAAGUGAUCAAUCUCGGUUCAUACAAUUAUCUGGGCUUCUCACAUCGUUCUGGUGUUUGUGCCGACGCCGCUACUGCCUAUAUUGACAAGUACGGAAUUAAUUGUGGAGGAUCGAGGCAAGAAAAUGGUAAUCAUAUCGUGCACAAAUCUGUCGACCGCACACUCGCCGACUACUUGAGAGUCGAAGAUGCCGUUGUUUUCCCAAUGGGAUUUGCCACUAAUUCAAUGAACAUACCGGCUCUUGUUGAUAAAGGCUCACUCAUUCUUUCGGAUCGUUUAAAUCAUGCAUCUCUUGUCACUGGAUGUCGUCUUUCGGGAGCCCAUACAAUGGUCUUCCGUCAUAAUGACGCUAAAGAUUGUGAACGAAAGCUACGCGAUGCUCUUUGUGGAGUCAGUCCAAAAACUGGAGAGAAAUACAAUAAAGUGCUGAUUAUCAUUGAAGGAAUCUACAGCAUGGAGGGAACCAUUGUCGAUUUGCCAUCAUUUAUCGCUGUCAAAAAGAAGUAUAACUGUUAUCUUUUCCUCGAUGAAGCGCACAGUAUCGGUGCAGUCGGUCCAAGUGGAAGAGGUGUUGCAGAGUAUUGGGGAUGCAAUCCAAAAGACAUUGAUAUUAUGAUGGGAACUUUGACAAAAUCGUUCGCUUCAGCAGGAGGAUACAUGGGUGGUGCCAAGAAAACUAUUGAUUACAUCCGUCGUUACUCUGCUGGAACUUGCUAUGGAGUAACCAUGUCACCUCCAUUGAUAGCUCAAGUUGAAAGAGCUGUCUUGAUCAUGAGUGGACAAGACGGAACAGAUAUCGGCCGCCAGAAAGCUAUUUCACUUCUCGAUAAUUCACGAUACUUCAGAAAAGAACUCCGUAAACGAGGUUUCCUUGUUUAUGGAAACAACGACAGUCCAGUAGUGCCAUUAAUGACAUUUUAUAUCACCAAAGUUGUAGAAUUUUCACGACGAAUGCUCAAACAUAACAUUGGAGUUGUCGCAGUCGGGUAUCCGGCAACACCACUUUUAGAAGCACGGGUUCGAUUCUGUCUCAGUGCCGAUCACACGAAAGAGCAUCUCGAUUACAUUCUCGAAGCUCUCGUACAGGUCGGAGAGGAAACAAAUACAUUUUACGGGACAAAAAUUGACGAGUAA